GAAGAACAUUUGAAUCUACCUUUGAUCUAUUUGUCAAAAUGUAUUUUUGAUUUAUUAUGAUAAAACUCAAAAAAGAAAAGAAACGUAAAAAAACGUUCUAAUACAAUACAAAAAAAACGUAUUUUAGCCAGUAUGAGCAGUUUGACCGAUGCCCAGAUAGAAGAGAUCCGGGAAGCUUUCCAUCUCUAUGACACGGAAAAGUCAGGAUUUGUGACCAUAAGGCAACUAGGAGGAGUAAUGCGUGCCCUUGGCGAGGUCCUGACCGAAGCAGAAAUAUAUAACCUGGCCAACGAAACCGACUUGGACUUUGGUGGCCAGGUGCAAUUCAAGGACUUCCUGUAUGUUAUGUCCAAACGGCUGGAGGAGCAGAACAGUCUUGUGUCUUUAAAGCAGGCCUUCAAGAUCUUCGAUCGCAACGAAGUGAACAGUUUCACAAUAUCGGAUAUCAGAGCGGUGAUGACCAAUCUGGGCGAGAAGAUGUCUGAUAGUGAUCUGCACGAGAUGUUCCAGGACAUUGAUAUGGAUAAAGAUGGAAAAAUUUCCUUUAGCGAGUUUGUUGCUGCCAUGCGAAGCUGAAUGAAAAAUUCCAAAUUGAAAGCGUUAAAUAAAUAAGAACCCCCAUUAAAAAAA